AUGGCCGAAAUUAUACUAAAUUGUCACAUUCUUGGAAACUCACUUGAAGAUGUUUUUCCGGUUGUUAUUGGUGAAAGAACUCGCGUCAAUGAUCAAGACGUUCCUAUUAACAUGUUUAAUGUUGGAUUACUCAAGAAGCUUCUUAUUGAGACACAAGGAGAACAACUUGUCAGUGGUCUGAAUAUUUGGAAGGUUGAAGGUGUCACCAAAGGAAGUGAAAAAUGGAAAAUACUUGAACAGCAGUCUUAUACCGAAAUCGAUAUUGAAAAACAACUCGGAGGUGAGAAGCUGAGUUCGUCAAUAGACACAAUUAAAGAAAUAUUCCCACAAAACCCUCCCAUAGGCAUCCAUUUAAUCAUACAAUUGCCUAAUAAAACUAUGCUUGAAAAUCUUAUCAAGCAGUUACCAAAGAUCGAUACAAAUCAACAUGUGUUCACAAUUCCACAAUUUCCAGGAACCGAUGGAGAUACAAUUAUCUAUAAUCGAAAGU